GCUGCACACUGCCCUGCCCGCCACCUGCGCGCUCACUGCCCAAGGCCAGCAAACAGCGCCCUACGCCGGCAAAGCCACGCCGACGCUGUCGCCUGCACAGCCCUCAGGGAGCAGAAGAGUCACCAUGCAGGCCCCACGCGCGGCCGCCUUCCUCCUGCUGCACCUGGUCCUGCAGCCUUGGCAGCGGACGAGCGCCCAGGCCACACCCCAGGUCUUUGACCUUCUGCCGUCCUCCAGCCAGAGGCUGAACCCCAGUGCCCUGCAGCCAGUCCUGACAGAUCCCACCCUGCGCGAUCUCUAUGUCAUCUCUACCUUCAAGCUGCAGAGUAAAAGCUCAGCCACCAUCUUUGGCCUCUACUCCUCAAGUGACAACAGCAAAUACUUUGAAUUCACUGUGAUGGGACGGCUGAACAAAGCCAUCCUCCGCUACCUGAAGAACGACGGGAAGAUCCAUCUGGUGGUGUUCAACAACUUGCAGCUGGCAGAUGGGAGGCGCCACAGGGUUCUCCUGAGACUGAGCAAUUUGCAGAGAGGGGCUGGCUCUGUAGAACUCUACCUGGACUGUGCUCAGGUGGACUCGGUGCACAACCUCCCUGCAGCCUUUUCUGGCCUCACCCAGAACCCAGAGUCCAUUGAAUUGAGGACGUUCCAGAGGAAGCCCCAGGACUUCCUGGAAGAGCUGAAGCUGGUGGUGCGGGGCUCGCUGUUCCAGGUGGCCAGCCUCCAAGACUGCUUCCUGCAACAGAGUGAGCCUCUGGCUGCCACAAGCACAGGAGACUUUAAUCGACAGUUCUUGGGUCAAAUGACACAACUGAACCAGCUCCUUGGAGAGGUGAAAGAUCUUCUGAGGCAGCAGGUCAAGGAAACAUCAUUUCUGCGAAACACAAUUGCUGAAUGCCAGGCUUGUGGUCCUCUCAGUUUUCAGUCCCCAACUCCAAACACACUGGUGCCCAUAGCUCCUCCAGCACCCCCAACUCGCCCAACACGCCACUGUGACUCCAGCCCUUGUUUCCGAGGUGUCCGAUGUACAGACACCAGGGAUGGCUUCCAAUGUGGACCCUGCCCAGAUGGUUACACGGGAAACGGGAUCACCUGCUCUGACGUGGAUGAGUGCAAAUACCAUCCCUGCUAUCCAGGUGUGCGCUGUGUGAAUUUGGCUCCGGGUUUCAGAUGUGACGCCUGUCCAGUAGGCUUCACGGGGCCCAUGGUGCAGGGUGUCGGGAUCAACUUUGCUAAAACAAAUAAGCAGGGAUCUUAUCGCUGUGGGCCUUGCAAACCAGGGUACACUGGUGAUCAGACGAGGGGAUGCAAGACUGAAAGGAGCUGCCGGAACCCAGAGCAGAACCCAUGCAGUGUGCAUGCGCAGUGCAUUGAGGAGCGGCAAGGGGAUGUGACGUGUGUGUGUGGAGUUGGCUGGGCUGGUGAUGGCUAUGUCUGUGGAAAGGACGUGGACAUUGACAGUUACCCUGAUGAAGAACUGCCAUGCUCCGCCAGGAACUGCAAAAAGGAUAACUGCAAGUAUGUGCCAAACUCUGGCCAGGAAGAUGCAGAUAGAGACGGCAUCGGAGAUGCAUGUGAUGAGGAUGCAGAUGGAGAUGGGAUCUUGAAUGAACAGGACAACUGUGUCCUGACUCACAAUAUAGACCAAAGGAACAGUGAUAAAGAUAUCUUUGGGGAUGCCUGUGACAACUGCCGGAUGGUCCUGAAUAACGACCAGAAGGAUACCGACGGAGAUGGGAGAGGAGACGCCUGUGAUGACGACAUGGAUGGAGACGGAAUAAAAAACAUUUUGGACAACUGUCCCAGAGUUCCCAACCGUGACCAGCAGGAUCGGGAUGGUGACGGUGUCGGAGAUGCUUGUGACAGCUGUCCUGAUGUCAGUAACCCUAACCAGUCGGAUGUGGAUAACGAUCUGGUUGGGGACUCCUGUGACACCAACCAAGACAGUGACGGGGAUGGCCACCAGGACAGCACAGACAACUGCCCCACCGUCAUCAACAGUUCCCAGUUGGACACUGACAAAGAUGGGAUUGGCGAUGAAUGUGAUGACGAUGAUGAUAACGACGGCAUCCCAGACCUGGUGCCCCCUGGCCCAGACAACUGCAGGCUCGUCCCCAACCCAACCCAGGAAGAUAGCAACAAUGAUGGAGUAGGAGAUAUCUGUGAAGCUGACUUCGACCAGGACCAGGUCAUCGAUCGCAUUGAUGUGUGCCCUGAGAAUGCAGAGAUCACCCUGACUGACUUCAGGGCCUACCAGACAGUGGUCCUGGACCCUGAAGGGGACGCUCAGAUCGACCCCAACUGGGUGGUCCUGAACCAGGGCAUGGAGAUUGUGCAGACCAUGAACAGUGACCCUGGCCUAGCAGUUGGGUACACGGCAUUUAACGGAGUUGACUUUGAAGGGACCUUCCACGUAAACACCCAGACAGACGACGACUAUGCUGGCUUUAUUUUUGGUUACCAAGACAGCUCCAGCUUCUAUGUGGUCAUGUGGAAGCAGACAGAACAGACGUACUGGCAGGCUACACCGUUCCGUGCAGUAGCAGAACCUGGUAUUCAGCUCAAGGCUGUGAAGUCUAAAACUGGCCCAGGGGAACAUCUCCGAAACUCCCUGUGGCACACGGGGGAUACCAGUGACCAGGUCAGGCUGCUGUGGAAGGACUCCAGGAAUGUGGGCUGGAAGGACAAGGUCUCCUACCGCUGGUUCCUGCAGCAUAGGCCCCAGGUGGGCUACAUCAGGGUGCGCUUUUAUGAAGGCUCGGAGUUGGUGGCUGACUCUGGGGUCACCAUAGACACCACCAUGCGUGGAGGCCGACUUGGUGUGUUCUGCUUCUCUCAAGAAAACAUCAUCUGGUCCAACCUCAAGUACCGCUGCAAUGAUACCAUACCAGAGGACUUCCAGGAGUUCCAGACCCAGAGUUUCGACCGCUUGGAUAAUUAAGCCAAGAAGCAAUCCCACAAUGGCUUUCUCAAACACCACAAACAACAUCUUUUUUAAAAACUUCCUGUA